CUCGGAGCGGCCAGGUUGGGCGGGCGCUGCGCCUGGUGUGCAGGAUCCUCAGCGUGAACUCGGAGGAGGGAGCCCUUCCCCUCCCCGGGUUUGUGUCCAGCUGGGCGGGGCCAGGCCUGGGGUGCGGAAGAGGCCCUUUUGGUUCCAGUAGGGUCACCCCCUCCCUCAAGGUGUCCUUCCUCCCCGCCUCUGGGAGCAGCCUGGCAGCCUGAUUUGACCCGGGUGGGCUAGAUUGCACAAAGAGGGGCCCCUCCCAUUUGGAUAGCGGGGGGGGGCGUGAGGCAGAGCGAAGCCGGCCUGUUGCCUGCAAAGAGCAAACCUCCUCCUUUCUUCUCUCUGCAGCUGAUGGCUAAAGAUGGAGGAGGAGCCCAAGUCUGCCCUGGCAACCAGGUGGCUGCAGGAAUCCAGGAGACGCCGUGCAGCCUGGAAGACGACGAGGUUUUUCUGAGCGCCGAGGCCCCAGCGCCACCCAGGCCCAGCGCGGCCCCGGCGGAUCCCUUCCGCCACUGCAGCGUGGACGAGCUUUACGAGCUGCUGGAGACGUUGGGCAGCGGACACUUCGGAGUAGUCCGGCGUUGCCGGGAACGAAGCACUGGCGUUUCCUAUGCUGCCAAGUCGGUCAAGAUGCGGAAGCGCAAAGGCAGCCGGCUGGGGCUGGACCGCGAGCAGGUGGAGCGCGAAGUCUGCAUCUUGCAGCAGCUUCAACAUCCCAACAUUAUGCGCCUCCAUGAUGUCUUCUCCAACAAGGCCGAGAUGGUGCUGAUCCUGGAGCUCAUCCAGGGCGGCGAGCUGUUUGACUUCAUCGCGAAGAAGGAGCUGCUGUCCGAGGACGAAGCCAUCGAAUUUCUGCAGCAGAUCCUGCACGGCUUGGCAUACGUGCACUCCCGCCGUAUCGCUCACUUCGACCUCAAGCCUGAGAACAUCAUGCUGCUUCAGAAGGACGUCCCCAACCCCAGGAUCAAGAUCAUCGAUUUCGGGCUGGCGCAGAAGCUGGAGGAAGGGGUGGCCUACAAAAGCCUCUGUGGGACCCCCCAGUACAUUGCUCCUGAAGUGAUCAACUACGAGCCCCUGAGUACAGCAACGGACAUGUGGAGCAUCGGGGUGAUUACCUACAUUUUGCUGAGCGGCAUGUCCCCAUUCCAGGGGGAGACAGACGAGGAGACCCUCUCCAACGUUGUCUCCGGGAAUUACGAGUUCGAGGAGAAGUAUUUCAGCCAAACCUCGGAGAUGGCCAAGGACUUCAUCCAGAAACUCCUGGUGAAGGAGCCCAGGGAGCGAAUGACAGCAGCUCAGUGCCUCCUCCAUCCGUGGAUCAAGCCCCUGACCCGGAAGCAGGCCGUGAACCGGAGUCGCUCCUCCAUCAAUAUGGAAAACUUCCGCAAAUUCAACGCUCGCCGGAAGUGGAAGCUGUCCUACAACAUGGUCUCGGCGUGUAAUCGUCUGUGCCGGCUGCGACUCCUGUGUCAGCAGACGACAGAGGAGGAGCGGGACUGCGAGAGCGACCAGGAGGACGAGCCCAGCAGCCCGGUGGUCCUGCUCCGCAGGCGCCGAAGCAUCUGCUCCUGAGCGCGACGGCGACUC